GUGAUCUGUCUGUCUCUACACCCCUGUUUCCGUCUGUCUCCUCUGAUACAUCUCAUCUCUUCUUUCAUACCUACUGCUCUCUCUUCCCUGUGUGUUUUUGCUUGCUGUUCCCGAGCUGUCUCACCUCGGCUCUGUUUCUUUCUCUGUAUCUCUGGGGAUUUGUGUCCCUUUCUCGCUGCCAAGCUGGAUUUCCUGCAGGUGAAGCAUCUGAAGAGGAAGAGGAAGAGCAACUACAGUGUGAGAGAAACUCAGACUCUUAUCAGGGAGAUCCACAAGAGGAGAGACGUGUUGUUCUCAAGACAGCAGAACACUGCCAUUAAUGAGCUGAAGAGGCAGGCAUGGGAGGAGGUGGCCCAAGGUGUGAAUGCACUGGGAGAGGGAGAGCUACGCACCGCUGCUGAGGUGAAGCGCCGUUACCUGGACUGGCGAGCGCUGACGAAGAAAAAACACCUUCAGGCUGAGCUGUCUCUGUCUUCUUCAUCCUCCUCUUUGACCAUGAAGACUGAGUACGACCAGUCCUCCCCCGAGCACGAGGAAGCUUCUCUGGGAUCCGGCUGUGAUCAGCUGCUUGACCUCUCGGGCUUUCCGAAGGACUGUCACUGCGACUGGCCGGAGCUGGUGGCUCUCGGUGAGCCGAGCGGUCAGGGCACGAUGGCGCUGUCAGGUGUGAAGAUGGAGGAUGAUCUGGAUGGAGACGUGGGUGAUGGAGAAAUGGAUGAAGAUGACAUUCCCUCUCUCCUCAGCGACAUCGAGUCACGUGGAGAGGGACAUGUUCCUGAUGUUUACUCCCACAACGACUUGGGCGUGCUCAGCUCUUCAAAGGAUCCGACUUCCACCACCAACCGAGACCUGCCGCUGCCUGGAGGCCUGAUGGGAAUGUCGGCUCAUGGUUUGGGCGGACUCGGCAAUCACGAGAACCUGGGAGCAGGGUUUCUGGUUGCUGUAGAGAAGCAGCGAUUGGAGCUGGAAAAGCAGCGCCUGGCGGUGGAGACUGAACGCCUGGCGGUGGAGAAAGAGCGUCUGCUGGUGGAGAAGGAGCGACUUCGUCAGAUGGAGGUAGAGAGGGAGCGACUGCAGCUGGAGAGGGAGAGGCUACAGGUGGAGAGAGAGAGGCUGAGGCUGCUGCUCGUCAGCCAGUCGGAGCACGUCGACUCCUCUUUUAACCUGCCGCCACAACAAGGCCCGCCUUCUUCCUCCACUUCUUCCUUAUCCUCCACUCAGGAUGGACAGAGGGAGAGGGAGAAGGGAGGCAAAGGCUGGAUGUCAGCGGUGAAUCUGGAGACGGAAAAGAUAAAUCUGGAGAAGGAGAGGCUGCAGCUGGAGAAGGAGAGACUGCAGUUCUUCAAAUUUGAAGCUGGCCGGCUGCAGAUUGAGAGAGAGCGCCUGCAGGUGGAGAAAGAGAGAAUGCAACUGCACAAAGACCAUCAGUCAGCAAAAGCCUGAUAAGAACAAGAGAAAACGAUGAAUAAAUCAGAUUUCUGCCAUCUUCUGGGGUGCUUUCAACACCGACAAGAUCACAGUAUUUGCACGAGCAGCAAAUUUCACAUAACCUUAAGGAAGGUGUGAGGCACUUCAUUGAUCCUUCCUGUCAGGAAUUUGGCCAAGGAGAAGCCUCAGAUGGAGCGUAAGCAUAUUUGUGACCCCCAUCAUCAAGCAGUGCCUUUUGAUGUCUACAUAAAAUGGGAACAGAAAUGAUGGCAUGAUAAUAACAUGUAGCAUUUGUUUGGCAUACUAAGCUGCUCAGUCCUGAACGUGUUUGAUUUAUAAAGCGUGACACGUUUCUCAUUGCUCCACCCAAACACGCCCGUGCAUUAAAUGUUCAGUCUAGGAUGUUAAGUGCUGGGUUGUCAGUGCAGCAAAUUAUCACUGUGUAGAAAUGUUUGAUAAUGGUUCUGUAUAUAUGAAAGAAGGAUGUCUAGAUAUCUUGCUCAAGUCAGUGCCGUUGUGUCUGCUGCAUGGGUGCUUGCCUCUAUGAAGAAAUUUUCGACAUUGAAAAAAACAAAAGCACACAAAACUGUUCUUUGUAUAGAGAUUUUAUCUUGUUUAUGUUUUGUUGUCAAGUGCUUGUGUUAUAGUAUCAUUUACAGCAUUAGUAGUGACUUUGUAUAUUUGUUCAUAAGUUCUAAACUGAUAUUUCUCCUUGUCACAGACUACAUGAGCCAGCAUGAGCAAUAUCAAGAACCUAAAACAGAGGCAGCUAAAUGGAAUUCAGCCAUUGUUAAAGUUAGAAUUUACACUUUUCCUGCUUUAUCAUGUCAGUAAGGCCUAUUAAGAUGUGAUGAUUUUGUCAUUUAUAAUUUGUGAAAGACAUCUUGAACAUCUGUGGUGAACGGCUUCUGGGUGUUUGGUGUGUGCAUGCUCGGAAGUGAAAUGUUUGUUCCUGAUUAAAAUAUUUUAAAUUCUGCUAUAAACAUACUGUGAAGUGUCAUUGGAAAGUGAAACCUGCAUUCUGUUACUGUGCUGAAGGUUACGUCAUGACUACACAUCAUGCAAAAUGUUUUAUCUACAAUUAUACUUAACAUCAUUCUGGUUUUAUGCCUGUUAUGAGUGCAUUAGUAUUGAGUUCAGUGGUUUUUCUCUCAGUUCCAUUUCUUUUCUGAGGAUGUGCCUACAGGUUUGUAUGUAAUGUUUGCCAAGAAAAGAACCGUAAUGUCCAGACAAAUUUUGUGAUGAUCAGAGGUGAAUAAAAACUGUAGUACACAUUCAAGCCCCAAAGUACUGCUUUUGAUGAUCAACCUCCACAGUUUUUCCUCAGGCCUCCACGUUCUCAGGAGUGGCUUUGAAGAAUAAUGGAAAAAGAGAAUGAGAAUAUAAUCAUUUUUUUGGUCUCCUCUGCAUUGAUGCUCCUCAGGGAGCUCGCCAGGGGUUUCCCACAUCAAUAUAGGCUAAUAAGAAGAGACGAGCAUUAAAAAUCGCUUUGAGAGCAUCACACUGAUGGACCAUACAAACCCUGCAUCUUUAAAGACUCAGCUUUUGAGGAUUUUACUAAAAACUGAUGUAACCCAGUGACACUCAUGCUGUUUUUUUGGUUUUCCCUUUUAAAAUGUUUAUCUAUGUCCCAGUGGCAUGAAAGCUUGAAUAAACUUUUACUACUGCAAAA